ACUUUCAGCAUUCUCCUCUACCAUCUGAGUUCAGCCUUCGUUCAAGUCUCCUGCAUUCUCCUCUGCUAUCACCAACGCCCUCUGAUUGCACCCGCCGUUCAUCUCUCCUGCAAUCCCCUUUGCCAUCAAUGCCUCACUCCGACUACAACCCUCGAUGAAGAAUUCAUCAUUCACCUCGAUAUUCCUUUCGUCAGUACAACGAGCAGAGCCGCCAAGAAAGACUGGAGCGGGUGCAGGUGGCUGCGGACCUUCACCAGUUACUGGUUCGAAUUGUAGAAUCAGAAUCUCCUAUGUACACUUCCACACCUGAAUUGAGAUUAUAUAUGAUAUAUAUGUAUGCUUUUUACAUGGUUCUGACCCAAGAUUAAAGGAUAGGUUUUAUAUUCCUUUUUCAUUAUAUUAACAUUGACUGCAAAUUGUUAUAUUCUGUCUUCAUAACAGCAACCUUUGAUUAAAUUUAGGUCAUGCCUGAAAACAGGUAUAGCGGCAGCAGCGGUACCGGCAGCGACAGCGACCGUGAACAGCCUAGAGGGGCUAAAGGUAGGAAAAGACCGUCCAGUGAAAACCUGAGACUAUUAAAAGAGAUGUUUGAUAACCUUGAAUAUCCUAUAACACCCCCUGAAAUUCCCACAUUGACGAGAACUCCUCAAAUUUUUCAAGCACCAUCCCCAGUUGCACAACCAGUCAACAAUUUUGACAUCAUUAAUAAUUUGAUCCAGGUUCUAAAUUCUGAUGAAAUAGCCAUCUUGAACGCUCUGCUGGGGCUAUUGAGGAAGGCCUAUUCUGAAGCCAGAACAUCUUCAGAUCUAGGCCCUUCACAACAGCCUAAUGCCCUAGACACGAUUGUAAAAUCCCCACAACCUUCUAUCUCCGGUACAAGUGAGGCCUGUCUUCAACACUCACCUGUUGAUGACUUAACAGCGGUAGAUAAUUCAGCCUUACAUCCUCAGACCGGAGCCGGAGUGACUAGUCCGUUCAGGGCAAACUUGAGUGUCGACACUAACUCUCCACAGCCAUCUACCUUGCAUAUGGCGAAUCCUUCAUCUCCAGAGCCGUCAGUAAGCUCCCUGUAGCCCUCUACCUCUAGAUUAAAUAAUUUGUAUAUAACUGAGCAUCCAAAAUUUAACAAUAUCGAGAUUAGACACCGUUUCAAUUUUCGAGAGGCCUACAAACUUCAUUUAUUUGCCGAAGUUUUUAAUCAUAUACAUGAGACCCUUCAGCAAAUAUUAAACAGUUUUGUGAGCACUUUGAACCCUAAGGAUCUAGUCCAGCUAGAAUUACAUGCCGAUUCUCUCAAUCCAAGUAUUUUUUCCCUAACCACUGCUGGUACACUUUCUGUUGAGGACUUUUUUAACCAAAUUGAAUUACUUCUCCAGAGUCACGCUACUGUUUUAGCCGAUUCGAGUCUGAUGCAAAUCAUUCAGGUUGUGAGGGCCCCAUCUGGUGGUGGGGGGCCUAGGCAUAAAGCAUGUACCAUUUUCAAUGACAUAAUCAUGCAAAAGAAACAGAAGCACCUAUGCAUCUCCAUCAACCUGGAUGAUCAGUGCUGUUUUGCCAGGGGCUUGCUGGCUGUAUUAAACGAUAGGUACAGAAACAAUCAGAAAUUGUGUGAACAA